GAAUACAGGCUUUCAAUGUGCGUUCACCACGAUGUCGCCAAACACGGAAGCGACCAUCACGAUGCUGUAAACAGAACCUGGAUUCAUCCGAAAAAAUGAGCUGUUCACCAGUGGCAGGUAUCUCGGUGUCGUAAUUGACACGCACAGACAGGUUUCGCGAACUGUCGACCGACGCAGGUACACUCGUCGACGGUGCUGCGUAACGAUAAAGAGCUGCCCCGUAACGCCGUGUUUCAGAAUUGACUAAGAUGGCAGCCGGCAACGAAGUUCAGCACAGCACACCGGUGUACCUGGGUGCCCUGCUGGAUGACGGGGAGGGCGCCACCGUGACUCUGGCGGCGGGGGAGACGCGGCUGGUGGUGCACAGGGCGGUCCUCGUGGCCGGGAGCCCCGUCUUCGCAGCAAUGUUCCGCCACGACACGGCGGAGUCGCGCGGCGGCCUCGUCGACGUCGCAGACGUGGACGGGCCGGUGCUGAGGGAGCUGCUGGCGUACCUGUACACCCUCCGCGCCCCGCAGCUGGCGAGCCUGGCCCCCCGUCUGCUCGUCGCCGCCGACAAGUACGGCGUGGCGAGCCUGAAGGCCCAGUGUGAGCAGCAGCUGGCCGCUGGGCUGACGGUGGACAACGCGGCGGCCACAGCUGUUCUCGCGGUGCGACACUGCUGCCCCGGCCUCCGGCAGACGGCCGUCUCCUACGUAAAGGGCCACACACACCGAGUGAUGGCGACGCAGGGCUGGGCUGACGCAGUGCGCACCCGGCCAGAAGACGUCGUCGAACUCAGCAGGAUGCUGGCGGAGACGCCACCGGAAUCCAGCCCCGGCCCCAGCGCCGCCACUCAGCCUCCCAGCGGCGCGGCUGCCCGCCACACUCCGCCGCCUCCUGACGACGCGGCCGUCUCUCGCCUGCGGAGCCUCUCUCAACAGGAGAGAGGGAAGAGGCUGAUAGAGGCUGCCAGGCAGGGGGCGGCGGAGCAGCUGCGCGAGUUGCUGGCGGCGGGGGCGGACGUGGCGGCGAGGGAGGAGGAGGUGUGGUGGGGAGGCAGCCGGACCGCCCUGCACCUGGCAGCACGCGGGGGUCACGUGGCGGCGGCCAGCUGCCUCGUCGGCGCCGGUGCGGAGGUCGACGCCAGGACCAGCCUGGGGCAGAGGACGCCCCUGCACUUGGCUGCACAGUGGGGCCACACUGGUGUGGUGCGGCUGCUGGUCGGCACCUCUGCUGACCCCAACGCCAGGGAUCGGUGGGGGCAGACGCCGCUGCACAGGGCGGCAGAGGAGGGCCAUGCAGAGACGGCGGCUGAGCUCCUGCAGGCGGGGGCCGACAGGAGGGCCCGGGAUGGGGGUGGCAGGACCCCCCUGGACGUCGCCAGGAAGAACAGAAAGCGGGAGCUGGUGUAUAUGCUUACACAGCGCUGACAUACGGCAUUCGGGAAGCACAAUCAGUUACAUCAUAUGUGUUGGUCUUUCAAAUAAAGAGUACAAAAAUGAA